AUGGAGAUCAACCAAAACCAGCUCUCACAAUUACCAGAGGAACCAACCAAAGGAACCACAAUCCUCAGAACUUGUUUCAAUGGAAUCAAUGCUUUAUCAGGUGUGGGACUACUAUCAAUUCCUUAUGCACUUUCCCAAGGAGGGUGGCUAAGUUUAGCUCUCCUUUUCUCAGUAGCCAUCCUCUGUUGGUACACAGGGCUGCUUCUCAAGCGAUGCAUGGACUCAAACCCACUCAUCAAAACCUACCCGGAUAUCGGCGAGGCCGCCUUCGGACGCAAAGGACGAGCCGUGAUAUCCGUCUUCAUGUACAUAGAGCUGUUCCUAGUUGCCGUCGAGUUUCUCAUACUAGAAGGUGACAACUUGGACAAGUUGUUCCCCAACACAAGCUUGAGAAUUGGAGGCCUGAAAAUGAAAGGUCAGAGAGGUUUCAUGCUUCUGACUGCGCUUGUGAUAUUGCCAACAACGUGGCUGAGGAGUUUGGGAGUGUUGGCCUAUGUGUCCGCUGGUGGGGUCCUCGCUUCGGUGUUUGUGGUGGGGUGUGUUCUGUGGGCUGGUGCUUUUGAUGGCGUUGGAUUCCAUCAAGGAGAUGAGAUUUUGAAGCUCGGAGGAAUUCCCACCACUAUAAGCUUGUUUGUUUUCUGUUAUUGUGGCCAUGCAGUUUUUCCCACUUUGUGCAAUUCCAUGAAGGAUAGAACCCAAUUUUCAAAG